GACACAAAAAAACUAUUGAACAAUGCGCAACUGUCAAGUGUGACGUUUAGAUGUCAAACAAUUACAAAAUAAAAACAGUGUGCGGGCGGUGGCAGGAGAGUGUGUCGUUUCGUUCGUAUUAAUUGCGUGGCAUCGCGACUAGUACAGCGUCCCCGUGCCGGCACGGCAUGUCACAGCUCUGAGGACGGCGCCCGGCCACAACACAGCGAGCGUGCAGCGAGCCAGCCCCGCGACGCAUCAGGUGUGCCCCCCAGCCGCGGCCGCGACAUGAAGCCGCACGACGACUACAGGAACGGCGACGGCGGGUCGGACAGCUCGGACUCGUCGGGCGACGCGCUGGAGGACGCGCUGUCGCUGCGGGACGACGCCGCGCCCGCGCGCGUGCUGCGGGCGCUCAACGCGCUGCGCAAGUCGCGCCAGCACUACGACGCCGUGCUGCUGGCCGGCGGCGCCGAGCUGCCCGUGCACCGCGCCGUGCUGGCCGCCGCCUCGCCCUACCUGCUGCAGGCGCUGGCGGCGCUGCCCGCGCUGCCCGCGCCCGCCGCCGCGCCGCCCGCCUGCCGCGUGGACGACGUGGACGCGGACGCGCUGGCCGCGCUCGUGGACUACGCCUACACGGGCCGCCUGCGCGUGCGGGACGCGGCGGCCGCGCGGCGCCUGUACCGCGCCGCCUGGCGCCUGCGCCUGGAGCCCGUGCGCGCGCACCUGGCGGCCGCGCUGCUGCGCCGCCUCACGCCGCACGACUGCCUCGAGCUGCGCGCGCUGCCCGACCUGGGCGAGGACCACCUGGCCACGCUGGACGCCUACAUCGCGCAGAACUUCGAUGAAGUGUGCAAGAGUGGCGCGCUGGCGACGUUGCCGCUGAUACGCAUUGAGUUGUUGCGGGAGACGAGUGCGGAGGGCGGCGAGGAGACUGCCUUCGCAGUGGCCGACGCCGCGCUCGUGUGGCUGCGAGAUAGACAGGCAGUCGACGCAGAUCUGGACGAGCUGUGCUCGCGCACACAUUUACUGUAUGUGGACGGCGACGGAGCCCUGCGGGACUGUGGCGAGCUGCCCGCCGCGCGGGGCGACGCGCCCGAGCUGCAGGAGUACCGGCGCGAGGCCGCCGAGCGGGGGCGCCAGGCGCGGCGCGCGGCCGACGCCGCCUCGCCCGGCGCCAGUACUGCGCCCGCGCCACCGCUGCAGCUGCAGCUGGGCGCCCGCACGGCGCGCGCCGCGGCCGCCGUGCUGGCCGCCACGCGCGUGGCGGGCGCGCGCACCACCCGCGCGCUGCUGGCGCUGCGCGGGCGGCUGGCGGCGGCGCGCGUGGCGUGGCGCGACGUGCCGGGCGGCGGCGGCGUGGCGCGCGGCGGCGUGCUGGGCGGCGCGCGCGAGGAGGGCGGCGGGCGGCGCGCGCGGCUGGCGGCGGGGCGCGCGGCGCACGGCGCGGCCGUGCUGGGCCAGCGCCUGCUGGUGCUGGGCGGGUACGACCGCGCGCGCGUGCUGCGGGCCGCCGAGGCGUACGACCCGGCGCAGAACGAGUGGAGCGCGCUGCCGGACAUGCGCGGGCCGCGCGCGCGGUUCCCGGCGGCCGUGCUGGGCGACACGCUGUACGCGCUGGGCGGGUCGGACGGGCACGCGGAGCUGGACUCGGUGCUGGCGCUGGCGGGCGGGCGCUGGGCGGGGCGCGCGCGGCUGCCGGCGGCGGUGUCGCACGCGGGCGCGGCGGCGGCGGGCGGCGCGCUGUACGUGGUGGGCGGCUGGGCCGCGGGGGCCAACCUCAAGCGGGUGCUGCGGUACGACCCCGACGCCGACGCUUGGGACGAGGCGCCGCCGCUCAAUGCAGGACGGUCGCAGUGCGCCAGCGUGUGCUGGGACGGGGCGCUGUGGGCGCUGGGCGGCUGCGACGCCUGGCACUGCCUCGCCAGCACCGAGCGCCUCAAGCUGGGCGCCGGCGCCUGGGAGUGGGGGCCCGCGCUGCCCACCGCGCGCCGCGCCGUGGGCGCCGCCGCGUGGCGGGGCCGCCUCGUGGUGGCGGGCGGGUCGGACGGGGCCGCCUCGCUGCGCCGCACGGACUGGCUGGGGCCCGACGCCGCGGACGCCUGGCGCUCGGGGCCCGCGCUGCGCCGGCCCCGGGCCGCGCUGGGCCUGGCCGUGCUGGAGGACGCGCUGUACGUGGUGGGGGGCUUCGACGGCAAGGAGUUCCUGUCGUGUGUGGAGUGUCUGUACGCGCCCGACGGGGAGUGGACCACGCUGCUGGCGCCGCCCGCGCCGCGCGCGCCGCUGUCGCCCGCGUCCGACGGCGCCGCGCCGGACGCGACACCGCCGCCGGAGCCCGCGACGCCAGACGAGGCGGCGCCGAAGGCCGCGGCGGGCGCGGAGUGACGGGGGCGCGGCCCCGGGCCGGGCGGGAGUCGGGGCGCGGCUCGAUGCCUUUACUUCGCAUUUCACUAUUAGUAUACAAAGUCGGUGUGCAGUCUGUAUAUAUCGGCCCUCACGAACGUAGUCCAAAUUAUAUUAUUAUAAUGUCGCCGGAGAGCCACACGGUGGGAUCGUGGUUUCGUUGUUCGCGUGCUUUCCCGAUGUAUUAUUGUUACAUUCCUAUUGUGUAAGAUAUGUGUACGUAGGUCGUGGUGUGUACUGUUAGUGUAAGGUCCCGGUGUCGAUGGCCGGGCGAGGCGCCGGCCGUCGUCUGCCGAGUAUGUUAAUAAAUCGUAUCUCCUCA